GGGACUUGCAAACUGCAUCCCGUUCACAUUACUGUAACCGCGAUACUGUCUCACACCCAAGCCAAACAACCCCCCCUCCCCAACAAGAUAGUGUAAGCACACAACCUAAAGACGCCAAAAUGGUCAAAGGCAGGGAAGAGGUCGUCUCCGAGUUCAACGAGUACGUCAACAUGACGGCCGACGAGCUCGAGUCGUGGCUCAAGUCGGACGACUCCAACAGCGCCGGCUGGCCAAAGGACGACGCCGAGGGCGACGGCGAGACCGUCGGGCACGACAGCGGGCGCAAGAUUGUCGAGAUCCUCCAGGCGAACCCUGACAAGAAGGAGGACGAGUACACGGACGACCAGGUCGAGCACAUGCGCAAGGUCGUGGCGUACUGCAAGCGCCACCUCGCACAGGAGUCCAAGUCGAACAGCGAGAAGUCGCCCGAGGACGUGAAGAAGACCAAGUCUUAUGCGUCGCUGAAGAACUGGGGCCACGACACCCUCAAGGCCCAGGGCAAGGAAGGCGGCGCAGAGAAGUCGAACGGCAAGUCGAACGGCAAGUCGAACGGGAAGAAAUCCAAGGAGGAAGAGGAGAUGGAAGUAGACGAAGAGGACGGACAGGAGGAGAAUGGAGAGGAGGAGAAUGGAGAGGAAGAGAACGGAGAGGAGGAGAACGGGCAGGAGGAGAACGGACAGCAGGAGAACGGACAGCAGGAGAACGGAGAGGAAGAGGAGGAGGCGGAGGAUGCCGAGGAGGACAACGACGGCGAGAAGGAGGAGGCCGACGACAAGGUCGAAGGCAAGGCCGGCGACAAGCGCAAACACGGCGGCGGCGACGACGAGAACGGGACCAGCAAGAAGCGCCAGACGCGCCAGGGCGAGGGCCAGGCCGCCGAAAAGUCGGAAGAGAACGGGGACGAGGAGCAGGAAGAGGCUGCCGACGAGGGCGGCGACGGCCAGGAGACCACCAAGGGACCCGAGAAGGGCGACACCGUCAGCUGGAACUGGGGCAACGGGCAGCCCGAGGGCAAGGUGCUCGACGUCAAGGGCGAGAAGACGACCAUCGAGACGAAGAGCGGGAACGAGGUGUCUCGCGAUGGAAAGCCCGACGAUCCAGCUGUGGUGCUGGACGCCGGCAAGUCCAAGGCCAUCAAGCUGGCACACGAGCUGAACGAGUCAUAGGUUGCGAGGUGUGGUGUGGUGUCUUGUCCAGCUUCAGGGUGGCAGCAUGUUUCGAACCCAUGAUAAGAUGAUUGGUGUAGAUGCACGUGUAGUAGAAAGAUUGGUAUUUAAUUGAUCGUCACUUUGUAUCUUUGAC